AUGGAGGUGCCCCGGCCUCUGUUGGAGUGGGCGCACGUAUUCAGGGACUAUAUACUCAAGGAUAUCUUGUACCAAGUGACGUCUGAACCCGCCGCGGCCGAGAAGAAGACAGGCGCCGAGGAUGACUCCAUUGGAGAGAGCUCGGUCGCUGACCACGGAUUGGUCGUGGAAGAGGGGUUGGUCGUGGAAGAGGGUUUGGUCGCGGACGUGUGGAAUCUGAUGCACCUGCCUGUGCCGCUAUUAAAAUCCUUGCGCAAGUCGGUGCUAACGCUGAGCCGGCCGGAAGCCGUUCCGGCCAAGUUCUCGCGGUCUAUUUACGAAGAUUUGCUGCUGGACGAACGCGGUAUGCUCCGCAUUCGCCUGCAGUUCGGCUGGCCCGGGGCGCGCGCCAAAUGCCCAAAUUUCAUCGCCUACUGGAAACUUCUCCACUCCGACCGACUCGACCCCGGCCUCUACCACUUGGUACACACCAAACCGCUUACCGGUACACACGUCCAGGCCUGCUGCAUUGCCAUUGCGGCAGUGAAAUCGUUAGUAGUUAACCUUCUCCGAGCGAGGGCGGCGGAACUGGUGAACCCAGAGAUGGUCGAUGCAGCAGCGCCCUCCGCGGACUUUGCUGAGCUGAGUGGCCAUCGACAACCACCGACGCAGCUGGAGGGAUGCCGGGAGCAUGGAACAGGGCAGACGGAGGAGUCAUCACACCUCUCCAAGUCGCACCUCAUCAAGUCGCAACUCACCAAGUCGCAGGGAAGGUUGAUUAUUGCGUCCAUCAAACGCGAGGCGCAGAAGCUCCAAAGCUAUCUCGCCGAUCAUGGCACCGCCGGUCAAGGAACGGAGUGGGAGCGGCGAGAGGAGGAGGGAAAGAAACCGAUGGAGGUGAGUGAGGAAACCGUGCACGAGUGCGAGAGAGUCCUAGAAAAGUGUGUCAAGCAACUGUGUGCGGAAAUGAAAGCGAAGGUGGGCCCAGCCAUGAAGUAUGUAAAGGGCUGGGUUCACGAAGAACGGCUGUUUGCGCGUCUCUGGCAGUUUGGGACGUUUCUAGGUGGCGUGCACUCUUUGUGCCAGCACGAACUGGAUGUGGUGAGCGCGCAGGUGGUGCCCCCUUUGCCUGUUUGCGACCACCUUGCGGCGCUUGUGAACCGCAUUGCGAGCAGCUACGAGUUGCAGAGCAUCAGUGGGGACGGUAAAGAGGCGUUGUGUCGGCAACGUCUCGACUCGGAAGAGUCACUAAGGAUAGCGCGAAUUGCGGACCAGGCGCGCAGGAUCGCGGCGAUAAGAGUAAAGCAGUCGUCGACUCUGGUGUCAUCGGCCGAGGUGUCGUCGACCGGGCUGUCGUCGAACGGGGAGGCAUCGACCGGGGGGCAAUCAGCGAAACCGGCUGCCACUGAGGCAACCAAGUCGCUGGUCGAUCUGGAGAUACACGACCGCCUGAGUUUGGUCGAAGACUGGAUUGACAGUCCUUGGAGAGAGCAUAUCCGGACUACCUCCCGGGCCGCCAAGUUAUACUACUGGCAGACCAAAGCGGCUACUGCUCGUAAUUGGGACGUAGAGACGCUCAGUUUAGAUACGGAAGGGUUCGACGCCAAUUAUGGCCUGCCCUUGUGUCUGGCUUCCGACAUUUAUGCCGUCAAAAACCAACUGGGCUACCCGCUGUUCCGAGAGGAGAUGCUGCUGUCCAAGUAUAUCUAUGCUUAUGAGAAGUGCGAACACCGCCUCUGGAUUGUGCGCCAGUGCCGCUUCAAGUUCGUCUUUGACCACGGUCUGGCCAACAUGGGCUCCGAACCAGGAACAGAUCAGGCGACUGAACCUGGCACGGACCAGAUGACCGAAGGAAGCACUGACCUACACUCCGAGGCCUCCAUCAGACCCAUCAUUGAUAACGGGACCGAGCACCGAUGCCUGUCCAUAAACGCCCGACGCUCCACUGCCUCACUUAAGAAGCAAGCGAACUUACUGACGGCCGAAAACCGAGGCGAGAACCGAGGCGAGAACCGAGGCGAGAACCGAGGCGAGAACCGAGGCGAGAACCGGGGCGAGAACCGGGGCGAGAACCGAGGCGAGAACCGAGGCGAGAACCAAGGCGAGGAUCAAGGCGAGGAUCAAGGCGAGGAUCAAGGCGAGGAUCAAGGCGAGGAUCAAGGCGAGGAUCAAGGCGAGGAUCAAGGCGAGGAUCAAGGCGAGGAUCAAGGCGAGGAUCAGGGCGAGGAUCAGGGCGAGAACCGAGACGAGAAACGAGACGAGGGCCGAUCCACCGAACCGAAAGGCCGCCUGAAAGUGAAGACGCGUCCCCACAACAAACGUCGUGGCGGGGAACAUUUUGACAAAAAAGAGAAUCAUCACAAUGCUACCAAGAGGAGUAAGCGAAACCACACUUCAGUGCACACGCCGUCAGACACAUAG